AUGUCGACUACAGAACCUUUGGAGGUUACCAAGCCCAUCUUUGAGCACCAUCCUGAUGGCUUCGGUGUCAGCUGUCGCCGACCGCGUCUCUCGUGGAAGGUAACUGACCCACGGGACGUUCGAGACUGGGUCCAGGCGGCAUACGAGAUUGAGCUGACAUCGACUGAAACCGGCGCCUCAGAACUGUUCAGGGUGGCCAGUGAGGAAUCUAUCUUGGUUCCUUGGCCAGGUCAGGAGUUGCACUCGCGUCAGCGCGUAUCGGUCAGAGUGCGGUGUUGGGGCAAGUCUAUCUCUCCAGCCAGCGAGAACGACCUCCAGGAUGGUGUCCCAACUGCCUGGUCCCCAGUAGCGACAGCCGAAACAGCGUUACUUGAUCAAAAUGAAUGGACCGCCUCUUUCAUCACCUCGUCAACCAAAUUCGGUUCUGAGUGGCCCCUUCAUCCGCUACGCUUUCGCCGCCAAUUCGACUUGCCUCCGUCUGCAACGACUUUCACGACCUGUCGGUUAUACAUCACAGCCUUGGGAGUAUUUGAAGCCUAUCUCAACGGCCAUGCCAUAAGCGACGAAUGCAUGGCCCCAGGCUGGACCAGCUACAACCAUCGCCUCACAUAUCGCGCCAUCGAUGUCGGCCCGUAUCUCAACACCACAGGCAGCAACAUACUUUCCAUCGAAGCAGCAGAGGGCUGGUACGCCACCAAGCUCGGAUUUCGUGGAGGCUCGAGGUUUGUCUACGGAGGCAAGGACAUUGCCGUCAUGGCACAACUUGAAGUUGUCUCGUCGUCAGGGACCUGGACUUUGGGCACCGAUGAAACAUGGGUUUGCGGACCCAGCGCCAUUACUUCGAGCGAGCUAUACAACGGCGAGGUAUAUGACAUGCGACUGGAAGAUCCCGAGUGGAAGACCCCCAGCAAGAACACGCGUAAUUCAGCCAAGAGCUGGGUGCCUGCAAAAACAAUCCCUCGACCGCAACAGACGAGCCUCGUUACGACGAACAGCCCUCCCAUUCGAAUCAUAGAAACCAGGACGCCAAAGGAAAUCAUCAGAUCUCCAGGCGGAAAGACCAUAGUGGACUUUGGGCAAAACUUGGUAGGAAAGGUCAGAGUGGACUCCGUCUUCUUGCCCACAGACGCUCGACUCGUCUUUCGACAUGCUGAAGUCCUCGAGUUUGGAGAACUUGGGACGCGACCACUAUGCGACGCAAAAUGCGAAGACACAAUCAUUGGCUCUAGUACCACUGUAAAAGAUUGGACCCCCAAGUUCACCUUUCACGGCUUUCGGUACGUCCAGGUUGAUGGCUGGCCAGGCUCUGACGAUGACCUCGUCCAAAACCUUUCAGCACUGGUGAUGCACAGUGACAUGAAGCGAAGAGGAUACUUUGAGUCAUCAAAUGGGGCACUUAACAAGCUUCAUGCCAACAUCGUUUGGUCGAUGAAGGGAAACUUCUUGUCAAUCCCCACCGAUUGCCCACAGCGUGAUGAGAGACUCGGCUGGACGGGAGAUAUCCAGAUCUUUUGUCCCACGGCGAGUUUCUUAUACGAUACUGUGGGAUUCCUUGAGAACUGGCUCCAAGACCUCUCUGCGGAGCAAUUAGAGGAAGACCGAGGUGGAAUACCUGGUUUUGUGUGUCCUGACGUACCGUUGCCGGACUGGCCACGGAUUCCUCAAGCCAUCUGGCACGACGUUACAGUGUUGACGCCCCACGACCUCUAUAAUUUCAGCGGCGAUAAGGCUCUGCUGGAACGGCAGUUUAGCAGCAUGCAAGCUUGGCUUGACCAAGGCGUGGAUAGAGGCGAUGACGGGCUCUGGGACUUUUACCGGUGGCAAUUUGGUGACUGGCUGGACCCGAACGCGCCACCUCAAAGUCCGGCUCUUGCUCUCACGGACAAGGUGCUUGUCGCAGACGCAUAUCUCGUACAUGUCACGGGAGUGUUUGCUGCAGUAUGCAAGAUUCUUGACAAGUCGGAUCUCGCAGAAAAGUACGCAGCUGAUGCCGCGACUUUGAAACGUCUCUUCCAGGACAAGUACAUCUCACCUGUUGGCAACCUCAUGUCAAACACACAGACCGGUAUCGCCCUGGCAGUACGAUUCGGUCUUUACAAGGAUAAGAAACAGCUACGCAACGCAGCUCAGAACCUGUCGAAGCUCGUGCGCAACGGUCGCUUUCGCAUCGCGACCGGCUUCGCGGGCACACUGGUCAUCACGCCCGCCUUGACAGCGACAUGUCAGCCACAACUAGCAUAUCGACUCUUACUUGAACAAUCAUGCCCAAGUUGGCUUUAUCCGGUGACUAUGGGCGCGACUACCAUGUGGGAGCGAUGGGAUAGUAUGUUGCCCGAUGGACGCAUCAAUCCUGGACGGAUGACGAGCUUCAACCACUAUGCUCUUGGUGCUGUCGCUGACUGGCUUCACUCAUCGGUUGGUGGAAUCAGUCCGUUGGAUCCUGGAUGGAAGAGGAUACGAGUACGGCCAGUUCCAGGAGGCAAUCUUACACACGCCAAGGUGGAAUUUGACGGGCCGUACGGACUGGUCAAGUGUUGGUGGAGGUUAAACCAAGAGGCGCCAGAGAAGGAAAAGUUCAAGAUGGAGCUAGUGGUACCACCCAACUCCCACGCCGUCGUCACAUUGCCUUGCGACUUGAGGGUUGAUGUAGAGUCUGAGACGGAGGAGCCACACCAAGUCUUUGGGUCUGGGGUGCAUUUGUUUACAUGUGGCUUUGAGCCGGGAGAGUGGCCACCGAAGCCCCUCCUGCCGCCAAACUUGAGAUAUACGCCAGAUAUGGAUGAAGUAGCGACCUGA